AUGAAGCUCGUUCGGAAGCUUAUAGAGAAAGACAAAUCAGGAGCCGUCAGCCUUAUUCCAGAAGAGCUGGAAGAUAUGUGGCAUGCAUACAAUCUGAUUGCAAAAGAUGAUCAGCUAAAAGCAAACACGGUUAGGCAAGUUUUGGUGUCUGAAACUGCUACGGGCUCAACCGACAAGUCAUCUGUACGAAUAACGUUGGAGAUAUCUGUCGAGUCUGUUGAAUUCGAUACUCAGGCUGGAGUGUUGCGUGUCAAUGGACGAAAUAUCACAGAAAAUAAAUAUGUCAAGAUGGGCGCUUAUCACACAAUCGACUUGGAGCUGAAUAGGCCCUUCACUCUCAAAAAGCUAGAAUGGGACAUUAUCGCUCUGAAUCGAAUAGAUGAAGCUUGUGAUAUCUCUACCAAAGCCGACAUUGCAGCUGUAGUCCUUCAAGAAGGUCUAGCCAAUGUAUGUCUCAUGACACAAUCCAUGACCGUUGUCAGAGCUAGAAUUGAAACCCCCGUACCGCGUAAACGUAAAGGAUCUGUAACCAAUUAUGAGAAAGGGCUGACCAAGUUCUAUGAGCAAGUGUAUCAGGCCGUGUUACGUCAUGUAGAUUUCAAUGUUGUCAAGGUGCUGAUUGUUGCUUCGCCUGGAUUUGUUAAGGAUCAAUUCUUCUCAUACAUGAUGGCUGAAGCAAUCAAGACCGAUAAUAAAGUCAUUAUAGAAAACAAGCCAAAAAUCUUGUUGGUACACUGCUCAUCAGGACACAAACAUGCUUUGAAAGAAGUACUAGAGCAGCCCGCGAUACAGGCUCGACUAUCAGACACCAAAUAUGCUCAGGAAGUAAAGACCUUGGAACGCUUUUACAUUACGUUGGCUCAAGAUCCGGAUCGAGCAUACUAUGGAUUUGAGCAUUGCGAUAAGGCAGCUGAUAGUGGUGGUAUUGAGGUUUUGAUGGUUACAGAUGGACUUUUUAGAUCAGCAGAUGUACCUACACGGAGAAAGUACAUUGAUCUUGUGGAGCGUGUACAGGCUCAAGGUGGAACAGUACAAGUCUUUUCCACACUCCACGUCACUGGAGAGCAGCUGAAUCAAUUAUCCGGUGUCGCAGCUAUAUUGCAUUUCCCACUGCCGGAUAUAGAUGAUGAUAUUUUAGCAGACCAGUCUGCCGCUAAUGGGAACUACGUCGACGAUCUGUGA